CAUGCGCAUGCGCAAUACACGUAUGCGUGAUUCUCGAUGGCUUUAGAUUGGCAGGACUGCGGACCGCGGGUGCGGGGUGAGUACGGUUCCUUUCCUUCUUCUCUCAUCUCGGCGAAAAUGUCUACACAUAGGAAGAAGACCAGGAAGCUGCGCGGGCACGUGAGCCAUGGCCACGGCCGCGUUGGUAAGCAUAGAAAGCACCCAGGUGGUCGCGGUAAUGCCGGUGGUAUGCACCAUCACCGAAUAAAUUUCGACAAGUACCAUCCCGGUUACUUCGGAAAACUCGGUAUGAGGAAUUAUCACUUACGACGCAACACCAAAUGGUGUCCUACUAUAAAUUUAGAUAAAUUGUGGACUUUGGUUUCUGAACAGACGAGAUUGAAAUACAAAGAUAUUGAAGGCAAAGCGCCCAUAAUUGAUCUCGUGAAAGCGGGAUAUUACAAACUCUUGGGAAAAGGACGCCUUCCAAAGCAGCCUGUUAUCGUAAAGGCUAAAUUCUUCAGUAAACAAGCGGAGGAUAAGAUCAAGGCAGUUGGUGGUGUAUGUGUUUUGUGCGCGUAAUCGAAAUAUCAAUAUCCAUCAACAUGUACUGUGUAAGUGCUUAAACUUUGCUAAAACGCAUGGAAUAAAAGAUCAGGAGUAAUUUGUGGAGAAUGUAUUUCGAUGAAAUGAUAAAUAAACACAUUUUUGUAAAGC